ACAAUGGACAAGGAGACAGGGGCAGCCAAUGGCGCGCUGACUCUCGGCUUUGACGACUACACCGCCGCUCUCGAACUCAAUUCCAUCACCUCCAACUUUGUCGACAAUAACCAACUCGACAUUGCGACUUUUGGGGCUGAGCAAGACGGGUUCACUUAUGACAACCCGGGUGGGGGGAGAGUGUCUGGAACCGAUCUCGGCACCCUGGGCAUCGACUCAUCCUAUCAAGAUGCAUUCGGCUUCGGUGCCGCCAUGGCCGGUUCCUCCAUGCAGGAUAUCAACAUGAACCUCACCGACAGGCAACCGAUGAAUGGGACUUUCGACGAACCGGGCGUCUUCAUGUUCUCUGAAGCCUUCGGAGACGGCGAGCCGAUGGGUCAUCUCUUCAACUACGACCAGAACGUCGUCGCGCAAACCCUGCAGCCAUCAGACGCGACGACGCCGCCCAAGAUCGGCACCCGGUUCUCGUCAAAGUCGCUGCGCGUGCUGAAAACCUGGCUGGCGAACAACAACCAUCACCCGUAUCCCACGGCCGAGGACAUGGAGAUGCUGCAGCGGCAGACGGCUCUCAGCAGACAGCAGAUCACCAACUGGCUCGCCAACACACGGAGACGCACGCGGUUCAAGGUGCCGCCGAAGCGCCCGCCAUCGCCGGCCGUCACGUCGGCGAGGACCCUGCCGAUCAACAUCCCCCAAGGCGGCAUCCUCCCCGAGGCCUUGCACAAUUUGAACCCGCUCGAGCGUUGGCAAGUCUCGCCCCCCGAACACGAGCCCGCGUCAGUCUCCGCCAUCGCCCACGCCGUCUCGGGCUUCUCGUCGGACGGCGAAGACCUGGCCGACAAGUCCCUGACCGACAGCGUCCCCCCCGCAAGGUCGUUGUACGGCCACUCGUCGGCGAGCAGCGCAGGCACAUCGCACUCCAGCAGAAGCUCGGCCAACUCGGCAUACUCGCACAACUCCCGCUCCUCGCUGAGGUCGCUCGACCCCUUGGGGGCGUCGGCCGUCAGGAGACGACGGCGCAGAGCCGUGGCCAAGCGCCCCGAGCCGCAGGGCACCGGCACGCUCUGGCAGACGGCGAGCACUUACCAGUGCACCUUUUGCACCGAGACGUUCAAGACGAAGCACAACUGGCAGCGUCACGAGAAGUCUCUGCACCUGUCCCUCGAGCGAUGGGAGUGCGCGCCAACCGGGCCCACGGUCCCCGACGCCAGCGGGCAGCUGGUGUGCGUCUUUUGCGGCGAAGCGGACCCGGACAAGAGGCACCUCGAGAAGCACAACUACCAGGCGUGCCGAGACCGCCUCUCGGAGGACCGGACGUUCUACAGAAAGGACCACCUCCAGCAGCAUCUGAAACUCGUGCACGAAGCCAAGUUCCUGAGAUGGCCCAUGGGGGACUGGAAGUACGAGAGCGAGGUGAUCCGAUCCCGGUGCGGCUUCUGCGGCUGGUCGAUGACGACCUGGAACGACCGCAUCGACCAUCUGGCGGAGCAUUUCAAGGAUGGCAAAACGAUGGCGGACUGGCAUGGCGACUGGGGCUUUGACGAUGCUGUGCUCAAGAUGGUCGAGAACUCGAUGGCUCCGUGUAAGUGCCCCGAGUCAGGUCCCCCCCCCGGCACACACAAACACACAAGCAACACAAACCGUCAACAAUCCACUCACUCACUCCGACAUCUAGACAUGAUUCACAUGGAACGCUACUCGCCGUGGCCGUUCACGACGAAGCAGGGCGUGCCGGAGACGCCGCCCAACGCCUUUGAGCUCAUCAAGCUCGAGCUCGAGCACUUCUCCGCCGAGCACCUCACCACCAAGGACCGCACGCCCACCAGCACGGAGCUGCUGUACGAGAGCUGCUGCGUCAUCUUUGGGUGCGACUCCCUGUCCUUCUCCAAGCGGCCCGCCACCUCGACGCAGUCCUGGCUGCGCGACCUGCUCAUGUCGUCCGAGCCCGUCGUGCAGCAGGCGCGCAUCCGGCCCAUGAAGGACAACUCCAAGUCCCGCUUCACGUACCUCAGCAUCAACGGCAAGGCCAACAUCUUCGAGGCGUGCGGCCUGGAGGAGCAGCUGCUCAACUUUGUCGACCUCUCCAAGAUGGUGGAGGCCCGGCUCUCGGACGAAGAGCUGCAGAGCGAGGCCUGCAGCAUCGUGGAGCGCACCGAGGCCGCCUCGCUGCAUCCCUCGGCCGCGUUUGCGAGCUUCCUGAUCGAUCUCAUCAAGGGCUCGAGUCACUGGCUCGCAGCUUUCCGCCAACGCGCCAACCUCCCCCCUUCCAGAGCUUCUAGCACGCCGCGAUCUGAUCCGAAGGCUCCAGAAUCGUCGGAUUCUGUCCCGAUGAUCGACUCCCAACAAAAGCCCGCCUCCAACAGCACGCUGGACCCGACGCAACCUGCCAGCAGUCCUACUGCCACCACCACUGUCGCCGCCGCCACCUUCAGCCCAGGAUCCGGCAUCAAAGGGGGGGACGCGGCCGCCCCGUCCACGUUCUUCGUGAACGAGGACAACUGUUACAGAAAAUUGGUCCGGGAGUUGACGCGGUUCGUGACCAUCACGACCUCGCCGCGAAACCCCAACAGACGGAUCCCGACAGACGCGGAACUGCAGCACCAGGCGCGGUGGAUCUCAUUUGAAGAUGACGAUCCGUGGAACCAAACGCCGGCCGACAACGCAGAUUGGCUUCGAGAUUUCAAGCGCGAGAUGGGGAUUCUGGAUGGUGAACUAAGUCCGAGCCAGGGGUGACGUUUCUCCAAGUCCUUUGCGAAAGGUUCCCGGCCGUAGGGCCCCAUCCACUCCUCGCGGUUUUAAUGACUGACAUGAUUGGGAAAUGAAGAAAUGAUUGUUACGGCGACAUCGCCGACUCGAGGCGCGCCCUUUGCUGUGGGCACAGGUGGAUGACAUGGACGACAUGGAGGGGAGCGGGCGUAGGGAGCAAUUGACAUGGUUUUUAUGGGCCCGCAACAUGCAGCUUUGGCGCCAGAUCACGUCUAGUUUCAUGAUGAAAGAGGCACCGCUGUCCGGCGCCAAUUUGAUUAUUGAUACGGGAUGUCAUUGCCAGUGACAUGCUCCAUCCUCUAGGCUGGGAUGCAGCCCAAUAAAUCCACACAAAGACUAGGUGAAAGGGAGGUGCUCAUCUCAGCUUGUACUCUUUCUCGAAUCGCUCUGCCGAACAUGAUUUACAACAUGUCCUUGGUUUGCCC